AUGUAUGGAUUACACCUAGAAUAUGUAAAGACUUUUAACUUUGGAGGAGGUAUAGGAGACUUUUAUUUAACUGAAGAACAAAUUAAUUCAAAUAAUCAAGAAAUUCGACAGCUAAAGAUAGAACGGCAAGAAGUAAAGCAAAAUAUUGAUGAAAAGGUUUGGAUCAAUUGUCUUCAAGAUAAAUUACAUUCUAUGAGUGGAUAUGGUCAUUCAGGUUUUAAUAAUCUUAUUAUCACUAUUGCUCAAGAAACUGGAGACAAAUUACUAAGUUCUCAAAUCAGUUUGCGCACAGCAACUGGCUAUCAGAUUUCCAAAAAAAAAUCUUUUUAUGCUGCUCAUCGUGAUGCGGUACUCAAAAAAUUUCGUAGUAGGAACGGGUCAACAAAAUUUAAAUGGGAAGGUGGUAAUUUCGGAAAAUCAAUUACUCUGACUCUUUCUGGUUUUGAUAUUAAUUUGUUAUUACCAACUGAUCACUGGACGGAAGGAAGUGAUUGCGUCGCUCCAGUUUUACCAUAA